AUGAAUUUGAAAUUAUCUACGACACUGGUGGUGCUGUUUGUGGCCUAUAGUAGAGCACAGCUGCUUUGUUUCUAUUGCGAUGAUUGUGAUAACUACACUGCAGAGGUAGAAGCUUGUGGUAUCAGCAGACCAGCUCAAACCACCACUCCAGUGGCAUCGACAACAACUACAACUUCGACUUCUAGUGAUCCAACCACAACCCCACCUACCACCACACCGGAGGUACCUGGAACGACCACAACUACGCCUUUGACGACUCCUGGUGAACCUAUCCUGACCCCACCUACCUUACCAGCCCAAAUCACAACUACAACUACAGUUCUUCCAACUGCUGGUGAUCCUAUUCUUACACCCCCAACCAUCCCGAAUUGGAGCUCUUCCACUCAGGGAGAUCAUUUGGCAACGCCUCCAAUCACCCCUCUUCCUUCGGCGAACGUGGAUCAGAAAAAUGGUGAACGCAUAGUGAUUCCUCUUGAACCCAAUACAUCAUAUGCAUGUUCAAUGAUAAGCACAACUGCUGUAAUUUUUGUUUUGGGAGGAUUUAUAGCGACUGACGCCCAAUUGUUGUGCUACCACUGCGAUGACUGCCUCGUAGACACAGCCGUAGUUCAACCGUGCGGGUUUGAUGUUACCAUCCUUACACAAUCAAAUUGGGGUAAAACUAUGGCCGAUGGUCCAGUUUUAACUCCUCCAGCUGGCGGCGAUAUCGGUGCUACUGAAAAUCCGCAAGGUCCAAUAUUGACACCACCAACAAGUGCACCCGGAGACGACAAUACAGGCAAUUCAGGCAAUCCAAUUCUAACACCUCCGGGGGGCACCGAUGGCAGUACUAUUGGACCGAAUCCAGCUGACCCUAUCCUUACUCCGCCAACGUUUCCGGAUGGAGGCGUGAGCAGCGACACACCGAAUGCCGGCGGCGGCGGCGGUUGGGUAACUCCACCAAUCACUAUGGCACCGUUGAAAGGAGCAGAAGCAGAGGCAAAUGGAGACCAGUAUGUCUGCUUAAUGGCUACUUCUACUGUUAAUAAUCGCAAAAUAGUUCGCCGCGGAUGCACUCAGCUAGGUUAUUCUAGUGAUGAAACUUGCAGUCGACUCACCGGAGGACAGCACAGAGAGUGUACCAUUUGUAACAGUCAUCUUUGUAACUCUGGUGCCUGA